CCUCAGAUAAGCUACGCGUCCACUGCCCCAGAGCUGAGCGAUGACCGCAGGUACGACUUCUUCUCUCGAGUGGUGCCUCCGGACAGCUUCCAGGCCCAGGCCAUGGUGGACAUCGUCAAGGCCAUGGGCUGGAACUACGUCUCCACCGUGGCGUCCGAGGGCAGCUACGGCGAGAAGGGAGUGGACGCCUUCAUGCAGCUGUCCAGAGAAGCAGGUGGGAUUUGUAUCGCCCAGUCCCUGAAGAUCCCACAUGACCACAGACCCUCGGACUUUGAUAAAAUCAUCCGUUUGCUGCUGGAGACUCGUUACGCUCGGGCGGUGAUCCUGUUUGCUUCAGACGAGGACAUCAGGGGGGUCUUGAACGCCACUAAAAGGGCGGAGCAGGUGGGACAUUUCCUGUGGAUCGGCUCAGACAGCUGGGGCGCCAAGAACAGCCCCAUUCACCAGCUGGAGGAGGCCGCGGUGGGCGCCGUAACCAUCCUGCCCAAGAGAGCCACCAUCAGCGGUUUUGACGCCUACUUCACCUCACGGACUCUGGAAAAUAACAGGCGGAAUGUGUGGUUUGCCGAAUACUGGGAGGAAAACUUCAACUGCAAACUGAUGAGCUCCUCCAAGAAGGACGACAGCAGCCGGAAGUGCACAGGUCAGGAGCGCAUCGGGAUUGACUCAAAGUACGAGCAGGAGGGGAAGGUGCAGUUCGUGAUCGACGCCGUCUACGCCAUGGCCCACGCCCUCCACAACAUGCAGCGAGACCUGUGUCCAGACAACUCCGGGUACUGCCUCGAAAUGGAGCUGGCGGGAGGCAAGAAACUCCUCAAGUACAUCCGCAGUGUCAGCUUCAACGGAAGUGCUGGUACUUCUGUGACGUUCAACAGAAACGGCGACGCUCCGGGACGUUACGACCUUUUCCAGUAUCAGUGGAACAACAUCACGGGUCACGGCUACAGGAUGAUCGGACAGUGGACCGAAUCCCUGCAGCUCAACAUUGAAGAGAUGCAGUGGCCUCGCGGGGAGUCGGACAUCCCCAUCUCCGUGUGCAGUCUGCCCUGUAAGGUCUACGAGAGGAAGAAGGUGGUGAAGGGCAUGCCCUGCUGCUGGCACUGCGAGGCCUGCGACGGAUACCAGUACAAAACGGACCAGUUCAACUGCAAACUGUGCCCGUAUGACAUGAGACCCAGCACCAACCGCUCCUCCUGCCAGCCCAUCCCCAUCGUCAAACUGGAGUGGCACUCUCCCUGGGCCGUCAUCCCCGUUUUCCUGGCCAUGCUCGGGAUCAUCGCCACGAUCGGAGUCAUGGCGACAUUCAUCAAGUACAAUGAUACUCCGAUUGUCAGGGCGUCCGGGAGGGAGCUGAGUUAUGUUCUCCUCACUGGCAUCUUCUUUUGUUACAUCAUUACAUUCCUGAUGAUCGCCAAGCCGGAUGUUGGCGUGUGCUCCUUCAGAAGGAUUUUCCUCGGUUUGGGCAUGUGCAUCAGUUAUGCGGCGCUGCUCACCAAAACAAACCGCAUUUACCGCAUUUUUGAGCAGGGAAAGAAGUCGGUAACUGCACCGAAACUCAUCAGCCCGACCUCACAGCUGGCGAUAACCUCCAGUCUCAUCUCUGUGCAGCUUCUGGGGGUAUUAAUCUGGUUCGGGGUAGAUCCUCCCAACUCAAUCAUUGACUACGAGGAACAGAGGACCAUCAAUCCAGACCUGGCACGAGGUGUGUUGAAAUGCGACAUCACGGAUCUCCAGAUCAUCUGUUCGUUGGGAUAUAGUAUUUUAUUGAUGGUCACAUGUACUGUGUACGCCAUAAAAACAAGAGGAGUGCCAGAAAACUUUAAUGAGGCCAAACCCAUCGGGUUCACCAUGUACACCACUUGCAUCGUGUGGCUGGCCUUUAUACCCAUCUUCUUUGGCACGGCGCAGUCUGCAGAAAAGUUGUACAUCCAGACGACCACACUGACCAUCUCCAUGAACCUGAGCGCGUCCGUGGCCCUGGGGAUGCUCUACAUGCCCAAAGUGUACGUCAUCAUCUUCCACCCAGAGCUCAACGUGCAGAAGAGGAAACGCUCCUUCAAAGCCGUGGUCACAGCCGCCACCAUGUCCACCAGGCUGUCCCACAAGACGAGCGACCGACCCAACGGAGAGGCCAAAACCGAGCUGUGCGAAAACGUCGACCCCAACAGCCCAGCUGCAAAGAAGAAAUAUGUGAGCUACAACGACAUUGUGAUCUAAGCAUUCCUCAUCAGAAAAGGCUGGACAAAGCGAAAGGGAGAAGCCAUGGUUGACGAGUGUCCAGCGCCAGACAAGAAAAUGGACCUAUCUUUCUUUCCAGGCGUUUCAGUUUCUUUGGUUACUUUGUGUUC